GCGCUGCUGCAGCAUCAGUGGGAAAGGCAGAGAUCUGCAGCUGACUAAAUCAAGAGAUCAAAAACGAUCCGGAUUAUAAAUGCACAAUCUGUCGUGAAAAAAAACAGGGCUCAUCGCUGUUCUAGUUUCUCCUUUAGUGUUUUGCGAAUGCAUGUGUGAUUUACACAUUAAUCAGCGUUUUUUUUCUCUCACAGACGGAAAGAUGGUGCGGUGCUUGUGCCAUGCCGCUGACGGACACUCUACGCGCAUUCAUGGGAAUUAAUUCACUGUUCUCUUCAUCAUAUUCCAGGGCACAUUAUUGUUCAUCAGUGACAGUUUUGUCCUGACAAAAAAACGUCUGGGCCAACGACUCAGAGAUGCUGUUAUCGCAUCGCCUCGGAGAAGCCUAACAGACCAUGAUGAAGACCGAAUCCUCAUCCUCCUCCAAGCCAGCGAGCACCACCGCGCUCCGCAGCGCCUCUCCUCACCGCAACGCGUACGAGGCAGCGGGUAUUCACGCGUUGAAGCCGGCGAACGAUAUCUUAAACAACGGCGACGCUCAGGAUGGCAAGCCGAAGCCCACCAGCCGCGGUCGCACGUACGGCUCGAACGUGCACCGCAUCAAGAACAUGUUCAUGCAGAUGGGCGCAUCCUCACCCACCGAGGCUGAAGACCCGCAAAAGACGAACGGCGACAGCAAAGCGGUGCGUCUCACGCUCCCGCGAGCUGGCAGCCUGAACGAGAACGUGGAUCACAGCGCACUGCUCAAACUGGGAUCCAGCGUCUCCGAGCGCGUCAACCGCUUCGACAGCAAAACGGACGCGUCGCCCAGGUACUCCAAGCUGCAGGAGACGAGGAAGAUCUUUGAGCAGCAGCAGCUGCAGGAGAAGCAGGCGGCUUCCAAUCGCGUAUUACUGAAAAAAGAACGCGCCGCGGGCUUUCAAGAUGCGUCGCGUUUGGACGUGGUCGCGCGCUUUAACGGCAGCACGGAGUCGUUGGAUAGCCUGGACGCGAUCGGCGGGACCGUCGAGGCUGUGUCGCCCACCGUCAGCCAGCUCAGCGCCGUGUUCGAGCGGGCCGCUGAGCUGCGGAACAACCUGCACCGACUGUCCAACACGCCCCCGCUGCCUCUGCCUCUGCGCGGGGUCACCGGCCGGGUCGGUGCCCUCAACUCCAAAAUCAUCACCAAACGGGUACGCGCCAUUCCUUCGGGGGCAAACAAGGAGGAUGGGGUGAACCAACACCAGGCAGAACAAGAUGGGAGGUUGAGCAGCAUUAAUGGAGCAUCUGAGCUUCAGGACAGUCUCACAUGUUUGGAUAAGGAGUCCUUGGAGGAGAAAACGACAGGGGAGAAGGAUGAAUCUAGUGCCAAUGAGUCCAAGGCUCUAGAUAAGUGUAAGCCAGGACAGGCCAAUGCCACCGAGGCUAAAGGUACUCUUAUUUCUGCUGAUGUCAAUAGUUCGGGAAAUGUGGGAGUUACUUCCAAUGGAGAGGCCCUGGAGAGAGACGCUAUGGAGUCUGGCAUCACCAGCACUGGACGGAAGGGCGAAGAUGGACACGCUCGUCCAUCAGUGGGGGUCAGUAAGAAGGAGGAUGAUGAUGGUACUCUGAAGGAGGAUUACUCUACGGCUGAUUUGGUGGAUAUCAGUGCCUACAGCGCAGUGGGAGAAGACUCUGGUGGUAGCCAGCUUGAGGAUGAGGAGGAUGAAGAUGAUGCAUAUGAGCCAGAGUCAAGCUGCUCUGAGAUUAUUGGAUUACCUAUGGAGGAGGAUCCGCCCCCGAGCCGGAAAAUUAAAUUCAGCAUUGCGCCCAUCAAGGUGUUCACAACCUAUUCUAAUGAGGACUAUGACAGGAGGAAUGAUGAUGUGGACCCCAUGGCUGCUUCUGCGGAGUAUGAGCUGGAGAAACGUGUGGAAAGGCUGGACCUGUUCCCCGUUGAACUGGAGAAAGACAAUGAGGGUUUGGGUAUCAGUAUUAUUGGUAUGGGUGCUGGAGCUGACAUGGGAUUGGAGAAGCUUGGCAUAUUCGUCAAGACCGUCACAGAGGGAGGCGCAGCUCAUCGGGAUGGCAGGAUACAGGUGAAUGAUUUAAUAGUGGAGGUGGAUGGAACAAGCCUGGUUGGUGUAACUCAAAGUUUUGCGGCCUCUGUCCUGAGAAACACAUCUGGCACAGUUCGGUUUAUUAUUGGGAGAGAGAAGCCGGGAGAGCAAAGUGAAGUUGCCCAGCUCAUCCAGCAGACCCUUGAACAGGAGCGCUGGCAACAGGAGAUGAUGGAGCAACGAUAUGGCAACUACAUGGGUGAUGAGGAAGAGCAGGGUGAUUAUGGCACUGAUGAAGAUGAAGAAGACGAGAUGAGCCCCACAUACCCUAGUGCCAUAGAGGUGUUUGACUUGGCUGAAAAUGAGGACAUGCUGUCACCGGUGGAAGUUGACCCUGAGAAGCUUGCUCACAAAUAUAAAGAACUGCAGAUCAAACAUGCUGUGACUCAGGCUGAAAUCCAACAGCUCAAGAGGAAGCUGACUCAUGCAGACCAGGAGAAGCAGCGCUGGCGUGCUGAAAAAGUCCAGAUGGAACAUAACAUGCAGGAGAAUCGGGAGCGCAUGGAGAAGCUGGAGGGAUAUUGGAUGGAGGCGCAGAGUCUGUGCCAGGCUGUGGAUGAGCACCUGAAAGAAACACAGGCACAAUACCAGGCUCUAGAGCGCAAAUACAGCAAGGCCAAACGCCUUAUAAAAGAGUAUCAGCAAAAGGAGAUUGAGUUACUGAAGAAGAAAACAGCUCAGCAGAAAACUCUAGAGGAGACUGAAGCUUCACAUAAGGAGGAAACAGAUCAACUCCAAGACAAGGUAACAGAUCUUGGGUCACAGGUCGAGGAGUUGAAGUCACUGGAUCCAUCGUAAAAGUUAUUAAUUGUUUAAAUAACUACUUCAGUGUAAAUGUACUGGAACUGGGGAAAUAGAGAAUCUGUACUUUUGCCCAUUUAAUUAUUGUAAGUUUCAUUCCUUCAUACCUUUAUUUCAGGCGUUUUAUGCUUUUAGAGAUUUUUCUUUAUUCAUUCUUAGUAUUGUGAAUAAACGUUUUACCCUGCAGUGUUUGCUCUUUAAAACCCUUUGUAUUUUCCUUAUAUUUAACUCUUGAUAAUGAUUCGGCCGUCAUCGAUAGUUUUGCCAAAGUUGUUCCUGUAAUGAUCUCACGUACACAAUAAACUCUGUUGUCUUUUUUAAGUUAUGUCAACAACAUAAAUGUGGCAGAACAGAAGACUGAACUUUCAUUAACAAAACACUACAGUGGAAUAUUUUUCCAGUUUCAGUCCUGAAACUAAUGAAACAGAGGCACUGAUUGGACCAAAAGCGGUGAAAACAACGUCUCGUGUUUGAAGACAUCUGUUUCUGAAACUCCAGUAAUGACCUGCCACUUGCUGCUGUACCUUAAAAGUCUCAUUACUCUUUUUUUUCCUUUUAUCCUGAAGUCUUUCUUAGGACUGUCCUUAUGAGGCACUGUUACAUGGGAUAAAAAGUAUAUAUUAGUAGAAAAUGGGAAGCACAUCAUUCAUGAAUGGACGGAACCUGAGGAACAUAGGAAAGACUCAAAAUGAUAAAUGGUCUCUUAAAGAACCAGUCAAGGAUGUAUUUCAGCUAAUAUUUUGUGGUCAUUAAAAACAAUAUACUUAGAUUAGCCUUAUUAUAUAUAUAUAUCCAGAUUUAAAGGGAUUUCUCUCACUCCAAUUGCCUCUAUUCUACCUAUAUCAGUUCACACUAUACCUCUUGUGCAAGGUUUUGGUGA